AUGGUGAUAGUUGGGGAUCCCGACGGUCCUUCCCGAAUCGGAAUCCCUAUCGAUGCUCUGGUAUCGGACUUCGUUGUUGAAGAUAGUUGGAGGUUGCCACCUGCUAGAUCGGAUGAUCAGGUUCUGGUUUAUGCUUCCAUCUCUCAGCUCAGUCCAUCGUGCAGAACUGAUUACCCAGUUUGGAUUGUUGCUGGCAAAGUUAAGGAUUCUUUCUCCUCUAAAGAGGUUUGGGAUAUGAUUAGGAAUCGCAAAGCUCAAGUCGCCUGGUUUCCUCUUGUCUGGCAUAAGGUCGCUAUUCCGAAGCAUGCUUUCUCGGCCUGGCUUUUUACCCUCAACAGAAACCCAACUUUGGAUAGACUUUCUGCUUGGGGUUUGGAUGUCGAAAACACUUGUCUGCUAUGUGGCUCCUCUACUGAAUCGAGAAACCACCUGUUUUUUGAAUGCACCUACUCCUAUGAGGUUUGGCGAGAGGUGCUCGCUCAUCUUCACUUAUCCUUCAUCCCUGGAUCUUGGAAUGAGGUCGUGCUUUGGCUCCCCACUGCGACAACGACAAAGGUCCAGUUUCUAGCUUUGGUCCAGGGAUGGCAAGCCUCAAUGUUUGAGAUAUGGGCUGAGCGCAACCGGCGUUUUCAUGAUGGGUUUUCCCUAAGACCCUCUCAGGUACUCCUUAAAAUACUGGCUGUUCUUAGGAACAAAUCCAGGGCUCUUCUUCAAAUUGGUUCGAAAUAUGGCGAUGGCCUGGUCGCCCUUUGGACGCCGAAUUGA